AUGGGGAGCCCACAAGGUCUGAAUGAUGAUUCAGAGAGUGAGUCUGCAGCCGAGAGAAGGUCUGCUUCUUUGAGUGGAAGAGCCAACUACCAGAUUGAGGAUGAUGGGGUUGAAAUCAAAGAUGAUGAUGACGACGAAGAUUACAAGGAAGAUGCGCCAGACGACGAAGAAUUGAACAUUGAAGAUGGAGAUGAUGAGGAUUACGAGGAAGGGAAACAAAAAAAUGCCGCCGAGUCGCCACAGAACAAUAGUAAUCAGAAAUCUGCACAAACGCAUGGUCGGCGUGGUAGACCGCCAAAAAGAAAAACUGUUGCAGAAGCGUCAGCAACUUCCAGAGAAGUUUCCAGUACGAAUUCUGUGUCUGUUGGACCGGCUAACAUCAAGAAACCUCGAUUAGGGUUCCCAGUCGACGACGACGGGAAUGCGUUGCCCGUGGUGAACGACGAGUUUGCACUGCCUGACGAUGUAGAAGGCGAGGCCAAAAUUACGAAAGAUGGGGAUCUAUUGGGCGGUAGACAGUUUUUAGUCAGAACGUUCACCGUGUACACCAGGGGCCCACGAAAGUUCAUGCUUUCAACGGAACCUGCGCGUGCAGUCGGGUUCAGAGACUCGUACCUGUUUUUCCAGUACCAUCCCAACCUUUACAAGUUCGUUAUUUCGCAAGACGAGAGGAACGACUUGAUAGACCGUGGGAUCUUGCCUUACUCAUACCGGAGUAGGACGAUUGCACUGGUUGCGGCUAGAAGUGUUUUUAAAGAAUUUGGGGCCAAAAUUAUUGCCGAUGGUAGGUAUAUCAUUGACGAUUACUACGCGACCAGGCUACGGGAAGAAGGUCGUGUUAUCGAAGGUGCUUAUGCGCGUGAGCCCGUGAAUAAAGGCGAUAAUAAAAAUGGGCUUGGACUGGGUGCUCAAGCCAGCACUGCAAAUCCCGCUAGAAAUGCAGUCGAAUUUUUCGACAAGAAGAAUCACAAUAUUCCUCCUGGAAACAACAUAUCCUCAACAAACUGGCUUUACCAACACGCAGCUGUUUGUAGUAGGUUUAACAGUGAUCUAUUUUACGAUCGUGAACGAGUUUUACUCAUAGAACAUCUGGGACUGAGAGAUCCUUACACAAACACCUUACACAUUCCGCAAUCGACCCAACCAACCAAAGUUAUCAACUACCAGCGGUCCACAAGCCAUGAUAAAAGCCAGAAAAUCGUUUACGAAACUAUCAUAACGGAUAGUGACCUAACGAAGCGUAGAACGGGGCUACAAGAAGUUCCGCUCGAAGUUUUCGAAGACGUAGUCGACGAAAACUUAAAGGAGGCUAUUCUGGCCCAACAACGGUUUGAAAGCUCCAAAUAA